AUGUCGGGUUUUACGGAAAACGCGUUAAUUCGGAAACUCCAAGAACUGAAUUCUAGCCAGCAAAGUAUUCAAACACUGUCCUUGUGGUUGAUCCAUCACAGAAAACACCACGCUGUUAUUGUGAAAACCUGGUUCAAAGAAAUACUAAAAGCAAAAGACAGCAAGCAACUUACAUUUAUGUAUCUUGCUAAUGAUGUGAUUCAAAAUAGCAAAAAGAAAGGUCCGGAAUAUGGCAAAGAGUUUGGAGAAGUGCUGGUGGAAUCAUUCAAACACAUGGCUAAGACUGGUAUAAACACAAAGACUAAACACUCCUUGCACAGAAUACUCAGCAUUUGGGAGGAAAGAGGAGUCUAUGACUCGCAAAAGAUACAAGAGUUCAAAGAGGCUGUUGAUCCUAAUGAUGCAUUACCUAAAAAAGUAAGCAAACGCAAGUCUGUGGAUGUAGAAGUUGUCAAAACGCCGGAGAAGAAGGCUAAAGUAGAGGGGCGCUCGAAGCAGGAACGUCGCCGCAGUGAGACCAAGGAGGUAGAUGGACAUCUGGAGACACACACUACGCUCAGCCCCAAGACUCCACCUGGAGACCCUCCAGAACCCGAGGAGCUCAUCAAGGCGCUGUUGGAGUUAGAGGCUAGUGCGUCUAGUGACGAAGCAGUCAGGGAGAGGAUCGCGUCACUUCCGCCAGAAGUGUCGGAAGUGCAAUUAUUGUCUAAGUUAGAAGAUAAGGAGUCCGCCCUAAGUCUGAGUGCCGUGGUAAACUCUGCCGCGGAACUACUGGCGGAGUAUAACCUGAGGCUCAGCGAGGAGAUGGACAAGCGACGCAAAAUGGCCGCUAUGUUGCGGGACUUCGCCCAAGCCCAGCGAGACCUCGCCAAACAGGCUGAAGCUAGAUUAGAGGAAUACAACAUCAAACUUCAGAAGAUAUAUGCAGUGAAAGCUGAAGUGAAAUCUCACAUAGAGAAUUUGCCCGACGUAUCCCGACUGCCUGACGUGACAGGCGGCCUGGCCCCGCUGCCGUCAGCUGGUGACUUGUUCAGUCUCUGA